CCUAGGUUGGCGUCUGGUUAACCAUGAUUGUCUUCGGAGCGUUUGUAAAUAAUGUAAACACAUGUAAUAAUUUGAAAUCAAUACAAAUUGAUUUUGAAAAUCUUUUAAAGACGUUUACUCAAAAAUUGUUUUGGAAAUAAUGGUGAAAACGUUGAAAAUUUUAAAGCUAUCAAGUUUCUUGUAUAUGGACGAUUAAUAAUACAGGAAACGUUGUUUUCUUCGUAGCUCGAAUUAUCUCAGUGUUUUGUAAUCAUGAACGAUUCGGUAAUUUCAUCGGUAUCAAAACUGAUUCUUUCCUCAGAUGAAAUCAUUCAGAAUUAUUUGACUAACUACUCUAUCAAACUACCAAACGUAUUUUUCCUAGCUCUUACUUUCUGUGUGAGUUUUGUGUAUUUGUGGCGAAAACAGUUACUGAAUUAUCCUCCAGGCCCAAUAUCGCUGCCGUUCAUUGGAAAUUUGGACUUCUUUAAAUCUAAAUCAUAUAUACGAAUUGCAAAUUUAAAAGAAAUUUAUGGAGAUAUAUUCAGUUUGAAAGCAGGUAAAUGGGAUGUGGUAGUUGUGUGUUCAAAAGAAGGAAUCAUUGAAGGACUGACAGAUCCUGAGAAUAACUUUGAUGGCAGACCAGAUUUUUUAGCAUUCCAUAAUUUGUUCAUGGGAAAUAGACAAUUAGGCAUUUCAACAGCUGACCUUGAUCUGAAAACACAAGUGAAAAAGGAAUAUAUAAUACAGAGUCUGAUCAGCCAUUGGAAUCCUGAACCGGGACAAGGCCAGUUAUCAUACUCAAUAGAAAAGUUGAUAGUGAAGGAGAUCCUUAGUUUAAUGUGCUUCUUUAUUAAUGAAGAAGGUGCUUUUGAUCCCGCAGAGUGCUUUAAAUUUGCUCAUCUACAUAUCAUGAUGUCAUUACUUUUUGAGGAUGCAUACGAUGUAGAUGAUCCCAUUACACAUGAAAUAUAUGAUUGUUUAGAAAACAGAAAAGAUGCCAUGAAUGUUAAACUUUAUAAUUAUUUUCCAAUUUUGAAAACCAUCUAUAAGCAAAAGAUAAGCCAACUUGAGGAGAGGAAUGCCCUAUUGACCAGAUACCACCGAAUUCUGUUGAACCAGCACAAGGAUACUUACAAUCCCACUGAAUUACGAGAUCUUGUAGAUCAGCUCCUGAUUUUUAUUGAGACAGGAAAUGAUCGUGAGUUAUUUGACUCCGAUGACAUGGACAGCCUCAUUCUAGAGUUAGCAGGGUGUGGCUUCUCCUCAGUUCCCGCUCUGUUGACAUGGCUGAUGGGAUAUAUGGCAGUUUUUCCCGACAUUCAAACGAAAAUGCAGAAAGAGAUGGACCAAGUUGUUGGCAGGGAUAGAUUUCCAACCUUAGCAGAUCAACCCUUCCUUCCUUACACAAUGGCUGUGAUAUUUGAAGUUCAAAGAAAUGUUACCUUGUUUCCAUUUCUGCAUCCUCACAGAGUGAUAAAAAACUGUGAAUUUUUAGGUUAUAACAUCCCAAAGAACACUGUUAUGCUGUUUAGUGUUUGGAGUCUUCACCAUGACAAGAAGCUCUGGAAAAAUCCAUCAAAGUUUGACCCAUGCAGGUUUCUAGAUUCCUGUGGUAGAUUGACCAUCCCUGAGCACUUUAUCCCCUUUGGCCUGGGGGAGAGGCGGUGCCCGGGGGAGGCACUGGUUGAUAUGGAGGUGUACCUGUUCUUUACACACAUCAUGCAUCAGCUCAAUGUCCGGGCAGAGGGAACUAUCCUGAAUCUGGAGUCAGACUACAGACUGGCCAUCCAGCCCAAACCUUUCAAGAUUAGGAUCAGUAGUAGGGAAGAUUGAAGCAUAUUUCAUAGGCAGUAUUUGUAGCUACAUUUAAAAUAAAAUGAGUUAAGAUAUUUAAGAAUCUAUUUUAGUAAAAACUCUCACCAGAAAAAUAGUGAAAGUAAUGUGCCUUGUUAACGUUUAACCCAUCUACUGGCAAUGCUUGAGAUCAAAGUUAUGUUAAUGUUGUAAUCGUGUCUUGUAUUUUGUUUCAUUUACUCGUGGACAUCAAUUUUCAUAGAUUUUGUUUAAUCCACAUUUCAAGAAUAGAUGUAUUCAUCAUGUUCAUGAGCAAUGGCUCUCCCAGUACAAUUUCUUGUCCUGUUUCUUACUUUGAUGGAAAUCAAAUUUUGUUGAUUGGUUAAAUCAUGUAUGUUGUACAUGAAAAAAGGUUCAUACUGGUAAUUCAGAGCAUUAUGAGUGAGCUUUGAAAACAUCAAGUCACUGGUUCAAAACCAGUUGUGGCCACUUGAUGUUUUUAGACAAGGUCCAUCAAGGGGUAGUCACUGACUCUUACUGACCCAGCACGUCAGACACAGGGUUACGGAUCUGACCAUUUGUACCUUGGAAAAGAUUAAAUUAAUUGAAGACAUAAGUAUUGAUUUUAUUUAGAAGUUACAUGUAGGUGGUAUUGAAGAUGUACUUAGGAUUUAGUUAAACAUUUUACAGAAAUGGUACUGUGUAGCAUGGAUGUUCAUCAACCAAUCAUAGGAUUUUUUUUAACUUGUAAUAAAUUUUAUAUCAAUUGAGAAUCCAUUUCCUGGUUCAAGUGUAAAGCUCAGGGGUUCCAGCAAGUCAUUAAGUGCAAUAGGCUGAUGGGUGUCUUUCCGUCCAAAACUUAAAGAAUUAACGAAGGAAAAAUAAUGUGAGAGAAUUUAAGAUGUUCCCAUACUAGUACAUGUAUAUUGUUUACCGCAUCAUAAACAGUAAUACAUGUAUUUUGAUACAUAGUGAACUAUUUAAUUAAUCAGUUAACCAAAGACAUAUCAAAACUACAUGUAUUUUGAUGUUUUGUGUCCGUAUUACGUAAAAAUUUUGUGAUAGCUGAAUUUAUUGAGGUUUGACUGUGAUAGCUGUAAUAUAUAAAUACAGGAGUAUUACAAACUUGAGUGUAUUCAUCUUGAAGUGUUAUAAUAGAUCUUGUGCUAUACGUAUGACGGUACCUGUUUAUAUACAAUGAUCUCCAAUCUGAUUAAAAUUAGAAUUGAGUCUAAUUGUAAUUAGAUUGCAAUGACCUUAUAAAGGUUUGACUUUAUAUGUCUAUGGAAAAUAUGUUUGUGAUUUGUGUAGAUAUAGUUACCCCCAAGAUACGGUCAAAUAUCGACAUAAUAACUUCUAGUCAUUUUUUUCUGUUUACACUACAGUCAUUUUUGAGUUUAUAUAUGAACAUGAAAUAUGUUUUAAUUUGUGUAUAUGUAGUAAUCCCCAAGAUACGGUACAUUUUUGACAUAGUAACUUCUUGUCAUUUUUUCUAUUUACACUACUGUCAUUUUUAAAAUGAUUUAUUUGUAUUGGUUUAGUAACACAAAUUGUAAUUGUUGAAUUAAUAAAUAUAAAAAAAUCUACGUGUAAAGCUUUAAUAUGCUUAUCUUUGUGAAAGCUGAGAAUGAAGCACGAAUAGUAUCUUAUUAUUCACACAGAGAGAGAGAGAGAGAGAGAGAGAGAGAGAGAGAGAGAGAGCAAUG